GUCGGAGCUCCAUGCCGCGCAGGGGCGGAGGUGGGAGCGGGGUUUGGAGCUCCAUGCCGCGCAGGGGCGGAGGAUAUGAAAGCUGGAGGGAGCUUGCUAAGGUUCUGUCACACACCAGUGUCCCAGGUGGGGACACAAACCUUCAGCUGGGCUAUCCACACAAGCUGGGACACCAGAUCCAAGAGCUGCAAAUAGGUGGGAGGAAUAAAUCAAAUUAUGCAGCUGUGGACAACCCUGUCCCAUGGAUGCCAGAGUUCCAGGGCCAGGCCAACCUGCAUGUGUUUGAGGACUGGUGUGGCAGCUCCAUCGAGCAGCUCAGGAGAAACCUCCACUUCCCCCUCUUCCCUCACACAAGAACUACGCUGAAGAAGUUGGCCGUGUCCCCAAAAUGGACCAACUAUGGUCUCCGGAUAUUUGGCUACCUGCAUCCUUUCACUGAUGGGGAGUUCCAGUUUGCCAUUGCUGCGGAUGACAAUGCUGAGUUCUGGCUGAGUCCAGAUGAAAAUCCCUCUGGCCUCCAGCUGCUGGCCAGUGUAGGCAAGACAGGGAAGGAGUGGACUGCACCAGGAGAGUUUGGGAAAUUUCACAGCCAGAAGUCAAACAUGGUGAGGUUGUCAGCAGCAGACAGGUACUACUUUGAGGUGCUGCACAAGCAGGAUGACAGAGGAACAGACCAUGUGGAAGUAGCAUGGAGACUGAAUGACCCAGAAGCGAAGUUCAAAGUCAUUGAGUCCCAAUAUCUCUCCCUUUUUGCUAAUGAGACGCUUCUGAAGAUGGAUGAGGUUGGGCACAUCCCGCAGACGCUGGCCAGCCACAGGAGCCCGGCUGCUGACAGCAGCAGGGCACACCCCGCUGACAUGCUGAAGCCUGAUCCCCGGGACACUCUUUAUGAAGUGCCUCUGCUCAGCAAGUCGCGUGUGCGCCGGGCGCUGCCCGACUGCCCGUACCAGCCCAGCUACCUAGUGAAUGGAUUUCCUCUGCAGCGCUACCAGGGCCUCCAGUUCGUUCAUUUAUCCUUUGUUUACCCAAAUGAUUACAGCCGCCUGAGCCACAUGGAGAAAGACAACAAAUGCUUCUACCAGGAAAACCCUUAUUAUUUGGAAAGAUUUGGAUUUUACAAGUACAUGAAAAUGGAUCGGCCAGAGAAGAGCCUGGACUCUGGAGAAAAGACAGAACAGCCAGGCUCCCAGGAGGGGAACCUGGAUGACCUGCAGUACGAGGAGCAGGAUGUGGAGAGCACCAUUGCCCCUGAGCAUGCUGGCACAGGGAGGGCAUGGCCAGCAGGCAAGGCUCCCAGCAGCCUGGUGGGCAGUGACAAUAUUCACGAUGACUAUUCCCUCCGGGAGCGCCGCCGGCUCCUCGCGGUGAUGGGUGACCAUGAGGAGAUGUGGAGGAGGAGGAUGAAAAGGUCUGGUGUCAAAUCAGCCAUGCUGGUCUCUACCAACCAAAGCCUCAGACUGACUGGCCUAGAGGGAAACCCAGUAACAAAGAGACCCCGUUUAAAAGCUGGCCUCAAAGACAAUUCCAGGAGCCUUCCGCAGCAUGCCAGGGUCAUCCAGGGGAGAGUGCCUGUCAGAAGGGCAAACCCCCCUUCUAGGACUGUUUCUCAGCAGUCUCUUGGCCACCUCAGGGACUCAGAGGACACAAUUCCCAACAGGAUAGGAGCUGGAGGAGGCCUCAGCACCACAAGGGAUGAGCUGCAGCCAGCAGGCACCGUGCUAGCUGGGAAAGGAGGUCCAGUCUCUGGCAAAAACAGGAGACACACGGUGAGCACUGCCAGCCCCAGCCCCAGCCAGCAGCCCAGGCUGCCACAGUGGCUGAGCCAGGUGCAGCCCUACAUUGCUGAUCAAAAGAUGGCCACCAACGGGGAUCUGGGUGAAGGAGAUGCUCAGGUGGCCUCUCCUGUGAAGGGCAAGUCUGGAGAAGCAGCAGAAGAGGAAGAGGUGGAUGGGGAGCCAGAGGAGGAGGAGGAGGAGGAUUUUGAUUAUGUACCAGUGUUUGACCAGGCUGUCAACUGGGAGCAGACCUUCAGCCUGAGCAACCUGGACUUCCACAUGCUGCGCACAGACUGGAUUGACCUGAAGUGCAACACCUCGGGAAAUUUGCUGCUAAGAGAAAGGGAGGCCCUGGAAGUUACACGUGUCUUCCUGAGGAAGCUCAACCAGAGGAGUAAAGGGCGCUUCCAGCUGCAGCGAAUCGUGAAUGUGGAGAAGCGGCAGGACCGCGUGCGUGGCAGCCGCUACCUACUGGAGCUGGAGCUGCUGGAGCAGGGCGAGCGCCGCGUCCGCCUCUCGGAGUACGUCUUUGCACAGGGCUGGCAGGGCAGCACCAGCCAUGAGGAUGAGAGGAGGAUGAGGAGCCUGGUGUGGGGCCGCCGGCGGCACCUGAUGGCUGCGGCCAGCGAGCCGGAGCUGUGCUGGCCCCAAGGGUUUUCCUGGAACCACCGGGCUGUGGUUCACUUUGUGGUACCAGUGAAAAACCAGGCACGUUGGGUGCUGCAGUUCAUCUCUGACAUGGAAGAGCUGUUCCAAGUCACCAAGGAUCCCCACUUCAGCAUCAUCAUCACAGACUACAGCAGUGAUGACAUGGAUGUAGAGAAGGCUCUGAAGAGGUCUACCUUGCACAGCUAUCAGUACCUGAAGCUGACAGGGAAUUUUGAACGUUCUGCUGGGCUCCAGGCAGGAAUAGACCUCAUCACGGACCCUCACAGCAUUGUCUUCCUGUGUGACCUCCACAUCCACUUCCCAGCUGGAGUCAUUGAUGCAAUCAGGAAGCACUGCGUGGAAGGCAAGAUGGCCUUUGCACCCAUGGUCAUGAGGCUGCACUGUGGGAUGUCCCCGCAGCAACCUGAUGGCUACUGGGAGGUGAAUGGGUUUGGUCUCCUGGGCAUAUACAAGUCUGACCUGGACAAAAUUGGAGGCAUGAACACAAAAGAGUUUCGGGACCGCUGGGGAGGAGAGGACUGGGAGCUCCUGGACAGGAUCUUACAGGCUGGGCUGGAAGUGGAGCGUCUCUCCCUGAGAAACUUUUUCCACUGGUUUCACUCCAAGCGGGGCAUGUGGAACCGGCGCCAGCUGAAGACAGCGUAGCCUUCAGCCCCAGAGCUGUUCAGCAGCACUGCCCACCAUCUCACCCAGAUGUGCACUUUACUGGGGCACACAGCUGAGUGCCCAAACCCUUCCUCUGCCUCCAGAGCCCGCUGAUGGCAUGGCACAGCUGAGGAAGGAGCGAUCAGGCUGGCGGAGCAGGAGCUUCCCUUGUCAGCUGCUGCAUCCAGGAUGUGGGAUCCGUGUGUGGCUGGGAAGGUGUGCAGGGGAGAUGUCAGCAAGGGAAGGACUUGUAUUUCCUGCCAUGCAGUCUGGUGGAAGGUACAGUGGGAGAGGUGCCUUGUUUCCUGUUGAGUCUUGCACCAAACAAACACAAAUCCCAGCUAAGCCCAGAAUGGUUUAUAUAGAGCAAGGCAGCUUCUCUUUCAAAACUUGAGUGGGGG